UCUUUCAGUGACGAAGAAUCCCCCUCAUCAGAACAAACUGCAAUGCAACACCUUGUAGGCCAUGCAUCUCCCGAGGAGCCUUCAUGCUUGGAAUGUCCAGUUCUACAAGAAAAUCUAGCCACAGCUCAGUGCCACCUGCAAGCGGAUCUGCAGAAUAACCAAGCUUCUGCAUGCAUGAUAGACAAAGAGGUGACAGCUGACCUGCUGUCAGCCCACAUCUCUUCACUGGAGGAAGAAAACCACCGCCUUCAGCAUGACCUGGAUAUUGCACGCAGUCGCCUGGCAAAGGCAGCCCCUGGAGACAGGGAUGUGCUCCGCAGCAACCCAGACAUGGUUGUUUUUUACACAGGGCUGCCAAAUUAUGCAGUUUUGGAGGCUGUUUACAUCUUAGUUGAGCCUCAUGUAAGGCAUACAUUACGAAACCGCCUGAGCAAAUUUCAGGAAAUGGUCGUUUUCCUAAUGAGGUUGCGGCUUAACGUCCCGUUACAAGAUCUUGCAUACAGGUAUUUUAUUCUGGGCAACAGCCAUACCUAUAUUCAUUUGUAACAUUAAGGUUCCUGCACUACGCAGAACUGCAGUUGAGCAUGCAAUAGCCAUUUUGUGCUGGUGAACUUUAUUGCAUUAGCUUCAAUAACACUUACUAAAGCACAUAACUCAGCAGUUUUAUCUUACAGGUUUGGCAUUCACCAGUCAACCGUAACGAGGACAGUAGAAAGGUGGCUUGAUGCUGCUUACAUUAGGCUCAGCAGUCUGAUCAAAUGGCCAGAACGUGAAGAUCUUCAAAGAACGAUGCCAAUGGCAUUCCAAGAAACAUUUGGCAAGAAAGUAGCUGUGAUUCUGGAUUGUUUUGAAGUCUUUGUGGACAGACCUUCAGCCAUGGAACCUAGAUCAUUAACAUGGUCUACGUACAAGCAUGCAAACACCGUGAAGUACUUAAUUGGCAUCGCUCCACAAGGUGUAAUUACGUACAUAUCAAGAGGGUGGGGUGGGCGUACCAGUGACAAAAUGCUGACAGAAUCGUGUGGCAUUAGCAACCUGCUACCUGGCGACUCUGUGCUGGCUGACAGGGGUUUCUUGAUCUCUGAUGCCGUGGGCAUGUGUGGAGCGAAGCUGGAAAUCCCAGCCUUCACUAAAGGGAAGCCGCAGCUUACUGCAUACUCUGUUGAG